AUGAAUUCAAUUAAAAAAAUCCUAAAAAAGAAAAGAUUGUUAAAAUCAUCAAAAAAAAGAAAAUAAUCAACAACUUAGCUUGAAUCUGAAACAAUUUAAUAAAUUAAGCUAACACAUAAAGAAGUAUUAUAUUUUCAUUAAAAUUUUAGUAAAUUCACAUUAAAGGUCAAUUUUAAUUUGUAAUUGUUAAUGGAUAUUUGGAUAUGGAUUUAUAUGAAGUAAGGAAACCUUAAAUAUAUGAAUUCAAUAGUAAUGAGUUUGUCUCUGUAAUUGCUCAUAAUGUACCUUAAAAAAUUGAAGAUUAUUUAACAAAAUUUCAAUCAUCAUAAAUAUAAUCUGAAAUAUAUUUGGAAUUUAUGAAUUUCAUUCUAAAAAAUUAACCAAAAGAAUUAACUUUAUUAAUUUAUGGUCAUUAUGAAAUUAGUGAUUUUGGUUAUAUUUUGACUGAAUAAAAAUAGGACCUUUUUGACUGUUAAGAUAGAAGUGUAAUGUUUAUUGGUGAAAAAUAAGUAGGAAAAUCUACAAGUUUAUAAUUAUAUGCAAAUAAAUUAAUGAAUUCUAAUCAAGUCUUUAUUUUAGAUACUGAUCUAGGAUAAGCUAUUAUUUUACCUGGUUUUGUUACUCUUAUUAAAUUAGAAUUACCUUUAUUUUUAUCAAGACCCUAGAUAUUAUUUUAAGGAUUUGUUGGUGAAUUUUAAGUUUUUAAUUAUUUUGAUCUAUAUUUUCAUAAAGUAACUUAAGCUUUGGAUGUUUACAAUUAGUCACAACUUUUAAAGGAUUAUCCAUUAUUAAUUAAUACUGCUGGUUUCAUAACUAGUUAUGGAAUAACUAUAAUUUAAGAGUUAAUGAAUAUUUUAUAACCUUCAAAAUGUAUUUUACUUUCUAGAGAUAAUCAUAAAAAAAUUAUGGAAAAAUCAAAUUAUUUAUAUGAUUAAUUAUCUAAAAAAUCUUUUAUUAGUAAUUUUGAUACAUUUAAAUCAUAAUUAUAAAUAGUUCAUGAAGAAAUUGAUUCUGAAAUAUAUGGUUAAACUAUUUAAGUAUAAACACCAUAAAUAAGAAAAUAUAAUCGAACAUAUAAGAUUGCUUAAAAUCUUGGUGUAGAAAAUUUAAAUUACUUAACAUUAUGUUCAUAAACCGAUAUUAAAAUUAUAGAUACAAAUUAAUGUUAAUUUAUAGUGAUAAAUGAAAAAAAAAAUUAUUAUGAUUUAGAAGAGAUAGCUUCUGUGUUUAUAUUUAAUUUAGUAGCUGUAGAGUAAGAUGGGACAUUUUUAGGAUUAGGAUUUAUUAAAGAUAUUGAUAUAAUUCAUAAUAAAAUACAUAUCAUUUCUUAAAUUGAAUUUGGUAGUACUUAAUAUUAAUUUAUAAAAUCAAAAUUCUAUAAUAUAACAUAAGAUUAAUUAGGUGAAAUAAGUGUAGAAGAUAUAUAUUAAUUAUUGGAUAAAGAAUGCAUUUAAAAUGGAGAACCAUUAGAUUAUUUGAUUGAGUUACCUUAUAUUACAUAAAAGAGUGAAGCAAUAGGGGAUUUCAAACAUAAGAUUACCUUAAAUAAAAAAACAUUUUGA